UAUAUAUACAUAAACAUGCACAAAUAUGUAUAAAGUUAUUCGGUUAUACAAAAUGCAGAUAAAAUAAUCAUUCUUAAUUUAUUGUAAUCAUAUGUAUUUGAUAUUUGACUUGCCACACAGCUUGGAUGAUUUAACACAAAAGUGCGAUAUGAAAGAAAAUACAAAGAAAAUUUAUAAGGAAUAUAAAAAAUACAGAAUAGCACAGAGCAAUAAAGCAGGAUGCAUUUAAAAAAAAUCUCAUAAAAACUUAUUUUUGCAAGUAUUUCUCGUAUGUAUGAGCAUGUUAAUAUAUGUAUUUAUAUACAUGUAUACAUAUACUCAUGCAUAAUUGCUCUUAUAUAUUAAUGUACAUUUUUCAAAUAAUGAAUAUACAUCCACUGCUUUAUUAUUAAGCUACAAAUUGGUACUAACCUAAAAUGCAAUCACGAACAAGAAUUUUGUUAAAUUCUAUAUUCUACAAUUAAACAGAUCAAAAUGUAUCAUCAACGUAUGAUAGAAUUGAUUCUAAUGGAAUUCUUUAGAACAUCAUUUAUAUAUAAAAUAAAUAGGAGUGGACCUAGUAUCGUACCCUGUGGAACACCCAUACUUAUUAAUUGGUGGGUUUCAAAUAAGAUCAAAAAAUCCAUAAUUUCUGUAUAACUCCAAAAAGCGGUAGAAAAAAAUUUUGAAUCAUGACUUGUGAAAAAAUUAGCAUGUUUAUCCUACUUCAACUUAUUUUUAUCAAUCGUAUUGUGAGUUCUGAGAAUACAAUGCAUAAAGCCAAUGAUAUUGAUAGUCAGUUUGGCUCAUCGUCAACCUCAUCAAUGACAUUAACUUCUUCAGUUUCUGGCAUUGUCAUGAAUGUAGGCUCUAAUUCAGCCCCUAUAAGUACAGAUAUUGAUUAUUCAAUAUCGCGAUCAGAUUUGUCUAGUCCAACAGGUAGCCGAUGCGAAGAAAUAACAAUCCCUAUGUGUAAAGGAAUAGGAUACAACUUGACAACAAUGCCUAAUGAAUUAAAUCAUGAUACUCAGGAUGAGGCUGGAUUAGAAGUGCAUCAGUUUUGGCCACUUGUUGAAAUAAAAUGUUCUUUAGAUUUAAAAUUCUUUUUAUGCUCGAUGUAUACACCGAUUUGUUUACCUGAAUAUUCUAAGCCUCUCCCAGCUUGUAGAAGCGUUUGUGAACGUGCUCGAAUGGGAUGCGCCCCUUUGAUGCAUCAAUAUGGCUUCUCGUGGCCUGAACGUAUGGCAUGUGAAAGGUUACCGAAUCAAGGAGAUCCAGAAAAUCUUUGUAUGGAACAAGAUAACAGAACGACAUUAGUUUCAACUGAAAUAUUAACACCAAUUGCAUUGCCUAAGCCUACAAAAACGCCUAAAGGUUUUCAGGCAACAAAAUGUAAGCCUGGAAAAAAUCAAAAAAAUUGUCAUCAUUCAAUCGAAGAAAAAGAUUGCACUUGUCGAUGUAGACCACCUCUUAUACCUUUAAUAUCGUCUUCAUCUAUUCAAGAAAAAGAUGCAGCAGAGUCUCUUGGAUCUUUAAGUAUUUACAGUGGAACAGGAUUUAUAGUAUUGCAGAAAUUAGAUAUUAUCGGAAUUACAGAUUGCGUAUUGCCUUGUCAAGGAGCUUUUUUAACAAAUGAACAAAAGAAUUUUGCUACCAUAUGGUUAACUCUAUGGAGUGGUUUAUGUGCAGCAAGUACAUUAGCUACUGUUACUACUUUUCUAAUUGAUACUCAACGAUUUAAAUAUCCUGAAAGGCCUAUUGUUUUUCUUUCUGCGUGUUAUUUCCUUGUCUCUAUUGGAUAUUUAUCCAGAAGUAUAAUUGGACAUGAACAAAUUGCAUGCGACGGUAAUAUGCUAAGAUAUGGAACGCAGGGUCCGGGGAUAUGUAUAACAGUGUUUUUAUUAAUAUAUUUCUUCGGAAUGGCAUCGUCGGUUUGGUGGGUAAUUUUGUCAUUUACGUGGUUUCUGGCAGCUGGUUUAAAAUGGGGAAAUGAAGCAAUAUCUUCGUACUCUCAAUAUUUUCACUUAGCAGCGUGGUUAGCUCCUACUGCUCAAACAUUAUGGGCUCUGUUAGCUGGUGGCGUAGCAGGAGAUCCUAUAGCAGGUGUUUGCACAGUAGCUCCUGAAGGAAUAAGAAUUUUCAUAUUGGCACCACUAUUAAUGUAUCUUUUAUUGGGGACCACUUUUUUGUUUGCUGGAUUUGUCAGUCUUUUUAGAAUACGCUCUGUUAUAAAACGCCAACCUGGGGCCAAAGCAGAUAAAUUAGAAAAACUAAUGAUUCGUAUAGGAGUUUUUUCGGUGUUAUAUACGGUCCCUGCAAGCGCGGUUCUUGCAUGCCACUUGUACGAAACAACUUUGAGAAGUGAAUGGCUUAGUUCAUUGGCCUGCCCAUGUAAACCACGUAUAAAACCAUUAUACUCUGUUUUAAUGCUGAAAUACUUCAUGGCUUUAGCUGUAGGUAUUACAUCUGGUGUGUGGAUAUGGAGCGGAAAAACUAUAGGGUCUUGGAAACGCCUGUGGAGACGUCUGUUUGGUAGAAACUUAAAUGUAUCUAGUAACGUUCAAGGCGCCACGGGUACUGGUAUUCUUAGCAAUGUUAGUGGAAGUAAAGGAAUUGUUGCGCGAUCAAUAGCACCACAAUAUUCAACUGCUUCAGGACCAGGAAGUACGUUAUUACAUCAAAGUAGCAUCACCAGUGCAUCGCAGCAUCACAUUCAUCACCAUGUUCUUAAACAACCUCCGUUGUCACACGUAUGACAGCACCAAUUGGCGGAAGGCGACGUAAGUACUACAGGUUGUGAGCAUCAAGAAAGACCUUCCGCCUUAAGUAAUUAUGGACCAAUUUAACCACUUUUUUACUUAUGAAAAACCAUCAUAUAAUUCGUGGAUUUAUAUUUUUAUCUGGAAUUAAAAUGAAAAUAAAUAUUUUAAACAUGUGAACAAUCCUUAGAUUAUUCUAAGGAAAAGAUAGACCAAAAUUUAGAUUACUUAUUGUAUUAUUAUUGUAAAAGUCAUACCUUCUUACUCAUUAAAAUCUAUGUAAAACUAUGCCAUUACAUAUCUCGAAGAAUGUGUUUGUGUAAGUAUGUGUGUGCGUAUGUUUUAUAUAUAUAUAUAUAUAUAUAUAUAUAUAUAUAUAUAUAUAUAUAUAUUUAUAUAUAACACUUGAAGACGCUGGUCAUCUGAAAAACUGUGCGUUAAAAAAAAAUAGAAGAAACAGUUGUAUUUUCCUCUUACAAUGAAAUGUGUUUUUCUCAUUCUCACUUACAUGCUAGAUUUUCUAAAGCUUCGUAUCCUCGCCAAUUUACUGUAUGUCUACGUGUGUUAUUUCUUUAGUCAAAAAUAUUACCAAAACCAGCGCAUGAUACGAAUAGUUAAAUAACAGCAUACCAUCAUAAACCUUUUCAAAAUAAUGAAGAAUGCUUCAAGUACUCCUGUGUCUUAAAAGACAUUCCUGCUUUUGUUACAAACUGCAUUUAUCCAGCAAGCGGUUUAUAGCCCUUUUUUGUGCAUGUAUGGUUAAUUAGUAUGCUUUCAAAUUCAGGAUUAUAAUGGUAUGUUAUUAUAAAAUAUAUUAUCUUAUUGUAACAAUUUAUACAAGUUUUUUAUGGCCAAUAAUUUUUUAAAUAAAGAAAACGUAAUUAUAACUAUCUGCAUAA